UUCCGUACAUAAAGCUCAAAAUAAUGAUUCCGCUUUCCUCUCUUCCAUCUUCUCUAAACAAAAGACUCCUUCGCCAUUGACUCCACUUUUAUUUCACACUCUACUUCACAUCAUCUUCUUCAUCUUACAUGGACUAUUAAGUAAAGCUUCACAUAUUCCCAUUAAUCACUCUGGAGGAGCAUACGAUCUGCGAGCUAUUUUAUCUCCAUCCAUCCUUAAUUCCUUUGUUUUGGAGUUUAAUUUUAAAUCCGUUUGGGAAUGGGAAUCCAGCAGAGUGUUAUGCAGACUUCCGCCAUUGAAACAGAUGAGGAGGAAGAAAAUGCUAAUUCCUCACUAAAUUGGUAUAACUCAAACUCUGGUGAGAAAUCGGAGUACAACUCUCUUGGUUCCCUUGAUCCAUGGCAGAAGGAAAGAGAGGGUAGAUGGAUGAAGCAUUACAGUAGCUGCCACCGGAUUCUGCUGGUUGGGGAGGGGGAUUUCUCCUUCUCCACUUGUUUGGCGUCGGCUUUUGGUUGGGCUUCUAACAUGGUGGCCACGUCUUUUGAUUCUCAAGCUUUUUUGGUGAAGAAUUACAGGAAUGCGUUAUCCAAUCUAGUGGAAUUGAGGAUGAGGAAGUGCAGGGUGAUGCUGGAGAUUGAUGCAACUAAAAUGGCUACUCAUCAACUCCUCUCCGGAAUGAAAUUCGACCGCAUCGUCUUCAACUUCCCUUUUGCCGGAUUUUUCAAGGGAUUGCCGCGCGAAGCUCAGAUCCGACUUCAUAGAAGGCUGGUGAGCGGGUUCUUGGAGAAUACGAAAGAAAUGUUGAGCGAAAAUGGUGAGAUCCACAUAACUCACAAGAGCAAUGGAUUCCACGGGGAGUGGAAGUUGGAGUUGGUGGCUUUUGUCCACGGACUUAGGCUUGUGGAAGCAGUGGAUUUUGAUAAGGUGGAGUGGCCAGGGUACAACACCAAGUAUGGAUUUGGGGGCGACCACAACUUCGAUUGCAACCCCAGCAUCACUUACAAAUUUCGACCUUUUCAUAUAUAAUCUCUCUCACAGAAAUUAAACUGCUGUGUUAUAUUUUAUGUUGUAACUCGCAAAGGGGAAAUUUAAUUUUGUAACUCAACAUGGUGUGAACAAAUGUUGAAGCAUGACCUUUUUAGUUUUCA